AGAAGAGGCGUUGGAGGAGAGUUUCAGCCGCUUGUCAUUCCCAGUGGAAGAAGAGGGUGUGGACGACAUUUACCUGUACAGUGUCACCUGGUGCUCUUGUUAUUCAUGUCUGUCGUCGAAUUUCUUCUGCUGUAAGACGUUGAACACUGGCUUCACUGAGGAGCUGGACAGAGCAGGCGAUAAAGGAUGCAAAGAGGAUCCUGACUCGUGACCCCAACAUGAGUGUUACAUCAUGGUUCCUGGUCAGCAGCUCUGGUACACGCCACCGGCUGCCACGGGAGAUGAUCUUUGUUGGCCGGGAAGAUUGCGAGCUAAUGCUGCAGUCUCGUAGUGUGGACAAACAGCAUGCUGUCAUCAACUAUGACACAAACAGAGAUGAACAUAUGGUAAAGGACCUGGGCAGCUUGAAUGGGACAUUUGUGAAUGACCUGAGAAUUCCCGACCAGACCUACAUCACUCUCAAGCUCUCCGAUGUCAUCCGCUUUGGCUAUGAUGCUCAUGUUUACAUCCUGGAGAAAAGUCAGCACAAGGUACCGGAGGAAGCUCUUAAACAUGAGAAGUACACCAGCCAGUUACAGAUUGGUAUUAAAGCCCUGGAGGCCAAGACGAAGGAAAAACAGCAGAGCUCAGAGAAGAGUAAAGGCUCUCUUUCCAACGUAAAACAGGCAGAUAGAGCGGAACGAAAAGCCCAGUCUCUUACAGGUGUCACAGAUUCUCCGAUAUCCAAGCCUUCUCCUCUCUACGGCCAGCCGUCUUGGUGGGGGGAAGAUGAGAACCCAGCCAACAAAGAGCAGAACAGAGGUGGAAAAUUGCCAGAACAAGGAUCUCCAGACCUUGUUAAAGACGUGUCCCGAUAUGAGGUCAACGGCUCUCUGUCCGACAGUCAGGCCAAAUCCAUCUUCUCGUACCGCAGAGAGCCCAGCUACUUUGAGAUCCCAACAAAAGAACUACAGCAGCGGCCUGCCAAGAAACCCGAAACACAUGUUCAUGAGGUUCCCACAAAGGACACUCCAGAUCCCUCUCAGUGUGUCCCCUCAACCCCCACGCCCCCUGUGGUCCAAAGCCACGCCUCUUUCACUAUUGAAUUUGACGAAUGCACACCAGGAAAAAUGAAGAUCAAGGACCAUGUGACCAAGUUUUCUCUACGCCAGCCGCAAAACCUACCAUCCUCAGAGGUCGUCACGACCCCCACUGAGGUGCUGUCAGCAGAAAGUAAAGUUGCUGAUUGGCUGGUUCAGAGUAAUGCCAGCAUGAUGAGGAGGAGGUCACAGGCUGAAGACAUGUACAGCUCAAAUAGCGAGCCAUUACUUCACAGUAACAAGGCCAACCUUCAAGAUGGUGCUCACAGUGAUUCUGGUGAUCCAGCAAUCAAUGGAAAUGAUUUCCUCCAAUCAGAGCUUCAGACUGGGUCCCAUGUAUCUCCGCAACCCCUGAGAGCCUCCCUCCCACAUCACUACAGCACCUCUGAUUCCAAGGAGCACUCAUCCUACUCCCCACCUGAGUUUCAGUCUCUACCCAGUCUUGGCAAGUCAGAGCCUCACCAAGCUUUUGUCAUCGAAUUCUUUGAUGAUAACCAAAGAAAGAAACGCUCCCAGUCCUUCACCAAUAACCCGUCCUCACCUGAGCCCUCAGCUUUAAGGGUCCAGCAGGAGAAGCCAAGGAAGAGUACAAGUCCCACAGGGGAGAGACGGGUGCAAGCUCGUGUCCCCAGCACUCCCCCAACCCAAAGGUACACUGUCCCCCUGAAAGGCCCUGCUCCCACAGGGCCCCAAAGGGCUGGCUCUCUGCGCAGGGAGAAGACAGAGGAUAGGAUCAGCACUGGCUUUACUUCUCGCUCCUCAUCAUCUGUUCCUAUAAGACCCUUCAGCAGUGCAGGCCGGAGAUCUAAGCUCACCCAGGAAUUUAACGCUGAAGUUUUUAAACAGACAAAAUCAUUUGCUACUGCAACAUGGGACAAAAAUACACCUGGUCCUUCUACAGCUGCUAAAAAAGAGACGGCUAAAUCUGAGACCCUUGUACUAUCCCAAUCCAGCCCGCCUAAUAUUUACCAGCCUCAGACUUCCUCUCCAAUCCGCCAGCCUGUUCCCCUUAAGCCUCCUGUGAUGCCCCCUGCACCUCAGAGUUCGGAAGUCAAGAGCCCCCAAUUGAGCCCCAGAAAUGAAGACGAUGACUGUCUGAGUGAUGCAGGAACUUACACCAUCGAAGCAGACGUUCAAGAUAGAGAGACAGAAGAAGCACGGAAAAAGAUCAAUCAGGUAUUUGGUGUUUAUGAGAGCCCAGAGCGAACCAGCCAGAGUGAAGGAGAGACAUCAUCAGCUUUUAGGCCUGUAAUUGCUCAAAGCGGAACGCAACAUAGACAAAAUAGCUGUGGGGAGGUGAGGCGGGCACCAGGGCAGGGACAGAGUCUGGUGAAGGGUCAGCCAGCAGGUGGAGUGUUACCAGGGGCUCCUAAAUGGAUGUCUUGCUGGGCCAGCUUGGCAGACAGCUACACAGACUCCGUCCCUUCGUCUGGCCUCUUUGACAUUCCCCCCCAGAUGGAGCUGUCAGAAGGGGCACGAAAUACCAUAGUCCACAAGGCCACGUUCACCAGACAUCACAGCAGCAGCGCUGACUCUGAAAGAACAAGGCGUAUCCUGCCCAAGGCACCGCAGGGGGAGAAGAGUGACAUGCCAACUCCCAGCAUUCAUGUUCAUUAUGACCCGCAUUCAACAUUUGUUGUUGAAGAGGACAGCAUGGUGUCCCCCAGGUCUCAGGACGAAAUUCACAGAUUAUCAGUGCAGGAUGAUGUCGAACCUGACAGUCUGAGUGAUGCCAGCAGGUCUGAUGAUGGAUCCAUCAUUGAGCAAAGGAGGAGGCCGCUGUCUGACACAGAAAAAAGGAAAACUGUAGACAAACCAAAUCUUGCACCCAAGUCUACGUCCUUUUACAUCGGGUCAGAAGAGGCUGCAUCAAAACCAGAAAAUGGGGGCCUAAAAUCAAACAAUCCAAGGACUGAUAGAAAAACACCCAAAACUUUUUCAACAGCCACAUUGACCAAAUCAAGAAACAUUCAGGACGCUGGAAAAAUCAAACCUUGCAUGUCUGCUCCCGUCUUAGACCAGGAGAGACGGAGCCCAGAGUCUAAAGAGCGCACUGUAUCUCCAUUAAUCAGACAAGAGAGCUUCACCAAGGAGCGGCCAAGCAAUGCCAGGCUUCCCAACAUUUCCAGCCAGCCUGUUCAGAGAGACACAGACCCUGAAUCAUUCCAUGACGUAUGCAAUCAGGACACUCACUCUUUCCUCAAAGAGACAGAGGAUGUUCUAGCUUCUCUAGAGGCUAAACUUCAGUCAGGUCAGUCAGGGAAAACCCCAUCUCCAAUAGCUGACUCUCUCUCUGGUGAGUCUGAUGUAGAUACGUCAAGCACAGUCAGUCAGCAUAGCAAUAAGACGAGGCCAAACACACUGACUAAAUCCUCCAUUAGCGGCUUCCACAGAGAGACAUCCUCAGCCAGUUUAGCAAGUCAAGACUCAAGUCAACAGUCCACGCCGUUAAAUAAGCGUCGCACUCCGGGAUCAGACAGCAACACUAAAACUGAAUCUGUGCAGAGACCACUUGGACUGAGGCGUAGUGUUGGGAAACAUGGCUCCACAGAUCUGAGUGAUGACCCUCCGAGCUUACCUCACUCUGAUCAGGAGUCUUACAACCACCAAACCAGCAAAAAAUACAUAGUUCCACUCCAGAAAGAGGAUGGAAAGACCUCCAGAGUGUCCCAGGCUUUGACUCGUACCAACAGCUUGUCGGCUCCAAGACCCACCAGAGCAUCCAUGCUCCGCCGGGCACGGCUGGGAGAGGCUUCAGACAACGAGGGCACAGAAACAGACAAGCUGUACCAGGAAGCACUCAAUGCCCAGGCUAAACAGCCCCAGGAAACCAAGAAACUCUCUAGGUUAGAUUUACUAGCAAUGCCUCGUAGGCGGACAAGCUCGUUUAAUACACCCAGUGACACCGAAACUUCUUCAAGGACACCCGCUCCGGUACCAAGGCUGGUAGAGAGGCCACAGAAAGCACCACUCAAUAAAACACCAGUCACUCGCGCACGAUCUAGUAGUGCCAAAUAUGCGAGCAGCACAGCAAGUUCCAGGAGACGUCAAAAAGGCUCUGACUAUGCCUCUACCUCAGAUGAAGAGUUUGAUUCGAACCAGAGCACUCCUAAACACAAACGCUCCCAACCCUUCUCAGCUACCAACAGUGCACGUAAUCAGCCUCGACCACGGUCUCAGCCGGUGGUCACCCUGCGCCCUAAAUCCCACGGCAGAGAUUCUGAGGAGGAGCGCCAGGAAGGGGAAACCUACCACAACUGGUCCAAUCACAGCGCUGAGAUUGCACGGCUGAGUCAAGACUUGGCUAAAGACUUGGCCAUUUUGGCUAGAGAGAUCCAUGAUGUGGCAGGUGAUGGCGAUGCACAAAACCCUGGAGUGGAGAACAGUGCACCCAGCUCUAAAGUGACCGCUCAUGAACAGCUGGUUCACCAUAUUCCAGAGGCUGGAUUAAACUACCGCAGAGUCCCACCUGGUUCUACGUCUACAAAGGAGCCCGAUCAGACCUCGAGUGACCGUGAACAAAACUCCAAGGAGCGACCUCGGAGCAGAGAUGAGUUAAUCGUGGAUAAUCUGAUGCUGAAUCCGGUGUCUCAGAUAAUCGUUGCCAUCAGAGAAAACACUGAGCAACUUGCUGACAAAAUAAAGGUACUCUUCCAGGACAGGAUGGAUAUCUGGCAAGACAUUGAGGCAAAGGUCAAUUCUGAUACUGAAGUUCCUGUUGUGAAAACCUCCAACAAGGAAAUCACGUCCAUCUUGAAAGAACUCAGGAGAGUUCAACGGCAGCUUGAGGUCAUAAACACAGUCAUGGAGCCCAGCGAACAGCCAGAGGCAUCCAGUACCUCAUCCUCUGCUGUCUCCUCAUCAUCUGGAGCUCCGCCCUCCAAAGCUCCAUCCUCACGAGACUGGAGAACAGUCCACAAUGCAUCUAAACGUCUCGGCAGCCUGAAGCCCAGCGAGAGUGUGAGGAGAGCAGUUGUGACACCAGACGAUCUCAGACAGGGAUAUCUGGUCUGAAAUGAGACACAAACUCACAGGUUCCUCCUGCCGCUGAACUUCUGCUGUAUAAAAUCACAAACAGGUGUGCACGAUGAAACCAAGAGGAGGGAAGUGAUACACAGAACUGUAGCCUCCUCGACAUCCAAACACACAUAGACUUCUGCACUGUAAGCACUUCACACCUACAAAGUGGUGUAAGUCACAUUGACACCUGCACUAAACACCCAUGAAGUGAGCUCAGUGGGAGGCCUGCAUGAGGUGACGAUUUAAGGAAGUACCAGAAUAAUCCUCACACACAUCUCUGAAAGGCCUCCAAACUUUAUUUGAUACUCUUUGAUACAAGUCAAAACUCUAUUUUCCAAUCUUUAUGACCUAAAUAAAACUGAUCCUUUUUAAUUUCAUGGGUGAUUUGUAACCAGCCUGGGCUUAAAAUCUCAGGGAAAUAUACUUAUUACUAAGAUUUCUGUGUCUAGUGACAAAUCAAAUCAGUCCUCUGAUGUGUGUUUUUGGUCAAAACUGCAGGCCUAAGUGCACUGUAUACUUGUGUCCUCAGCUGACCCGUUGCAUUUCCUCCGUGUUUUUAUGUUUGUAUUUGUUUGCCACUUUUCUCUUUGUGGACCAGAUUUAUCGAAGAAUGUAAAAAGUAUUUAUUAGGGAUUUUUGUGAGACACUGUAACCACAACAACCAAAUUUGAGUGGGUAUAAAGACUUUAGUGCCAGACCAUUUAAUGAUUCAAAACAGGCAAUUUUGUUUAGUAUUUAUUCUGAAAAAAAUCCUAGUGUAGCAGCUAUCCAGGCUCUCCUCCUGUAGAUGGAUGUUACACUUUGUCCAAGUGGAAAUAAAAGAAAAAUCCCCAGGAAUGUGUGGCCUGAAUGGUCAGAGGGGCUCAUUCUCUAGAUUAGUCACUUGGCAACAACAAACCUAAGUGGCUAUAAAACAGGACUAGCUAAGCAUUCCUCUUGUCCUGCUAAAAAGAGUGAUUUUAUUUGUGUCAAACAUUUUUAGGGGUUCAAGCUGUUUUGUAUUGUGUUGUUUUCAUGACCGAAGGGCUCAGUUAGCUCUGAAGUUUGGCCAAAGACAGAACAGCUGACAUUCAUUCGUGUUACGACUGAGCUCAUCACUCUGUACCUCCCUUUUGGUUAGCCGAUAAGUGGUAAGGUUUAUAUCCUCAAAUCUGCGGUCCUCACAUAACAGAAGUAGUGUUCUCAAAUUAUAGAAUUGUUGGUAUAGAUGUGUAAAUCUGAUUUGUGACUUUCUGUUCUUCAGUAUGUAAAUAUGGAAAGAUGUCUGUUCCCUAAAAAUUACCUCUCAAUCUUGUCUUUUGCACUAAUGUAGUCGAACAUUUUUCCCCUCAACCUGAAAUGCUGCAGACUGAAGCCUUUACUCUCCUGUAGAUUGUAAACAUUUGCUGCUAUUUAAGCACAAAAAAGGCAACCCAGUUCAUCAGCAGGUUUCCCUUUCCCUCUCCCCAGUCUUGACUGGACACGUGUGAGUUCAAGUGGAAAGUACCUACAAGUGCCACAGAGCUGUGUGGGAUGAUGUGGUUGUUUACAAACAUAUGCAAAAAUUGAAUGUUUUUCCUUUUGCUGCUACUCUUCUAUGGGAUAGUGUUUCCCUGUUUCUUUAGUCCAGCUAAGUCAAAGCUACAGCAGGUUUGAGAGCUGAAAUGUAAGUCUUGUAUGUCAAAUCUGCCCUCCUCCUUUUUGAUAUUCAGUUUCCUUUCCUCUCACCCAGAAUGAUUUGGAUGUAAUAUUGGUAGCUGGUGUUUAUGUUUUUUGUUAGCUGAUGAUUUCAACUUUUUUCAAUAAAUAUA